AUGCAACAAGAAUGGGCUUUGAGGAAGCACGACUACACUCGACCCAGCGUCUCCGUCAUCUCAGCUGUUCCGAUCACCAUUGCGCGACAUAUGCCCAUAGUGUUUGCACCUCUGGUAAACUCGAUGUCGUUCCAGGUGGAGCAGGGGUAUUACUGCAGCACUUGUUUACAUACCGAAGUUGAAGAGGAGGUCUAUACGCGAAAGUCUUUUUCUGAUCAUCUCCGAGACUCUCGCGUUCGGCCUUUUUCCCCAGUGUGGGAAUUCCGGUCUAAUUUAAAGGUCGAUCUAGAAAGUUACGAGUGGGACUGA